GCCGCUGCUGUCCAUGGCUGGAAACAAUUUAGUCUCUCGUUAUUUGAGAAUCGCGGCGCUUGGCGCACGUCGUCGGUCAUCGAAAGAUGAGACAAGUGUGUGCGUGUGUAUGUGUAUUUACGUGAAUGAUGGUCACGAACACGGUUGGAAUUCUGCCUGAUUCUUCCAGUUGGUGCGCCCUUGUUGCGAGCAAAACUGUUGCUUCCCUGUCUAAAUCAAUGUAUCUGACGGCUCGUUUCCAAGCAACAACUACAACGAAAAAUAAGAGAAGAACCUCUAAACGCAAUGCCUUUCAGUUAUUUAAGACAACCAUAAAUAAUGGGGAGCUCAUUGGGUGCUGAGAUUAGUGCAACAGCAAACCCGUCCUGCCGGGGUAUCUCAUACUGUUGCACCGGUUGGGAGUCGGUCGGGUCGGGGGGGUCGGUCCGGGGAAGUGUAUAGGUAGAUUAACACUUUGUUAGCCGGUGGUUUGCGAUUUGUGAAACGAUUAGCGUUAUUCUGGGGAUUAUCUCUGGUUAUUUAGGUUGAAAUGUGGCCCCUCUUUGGAGGUUGGUUGGUUGGCCAGGGUCUGCAACCAUCAUCACAAGAUCUUACACGCGUCUUGGCUUCGUGGGUGACAUAGGUUUGGCUGGCGUUGAACGCAAAAUAUUAAAUCGAAUUCAAAAUCGCGAUCGGAAUUCUUGGUCGGAUCCGGAAUCGGUCCUCCGGAUGUCCGAAUUUUGUUUCUGAAUUUCGAUUCCCCAUUUCGACUUCAAAUUCCGAUUUCAAAGUCCAGACAUCGAUUCCAAAUUUCGUUUUUCGCAUUCCGACGUCGAGUUUCGACAUAUAAUUCCGAUUUCGAUUUCGAACUCCGCACUCCAGCUUCGAACUUCGAUUUUCAACUUCGAACUCUGAUUUUGAACUCCAAAUUUCGACUCCGAAAACCGAUUUCGAACUUCGAAUCCAGAUGCCAAAUUACGACUUCGAAUUCCGAUUUAGAAUCCCGAGAUCCGAUUUCGAAUCCGGAUUUCCGAUUUCGAACUCUGAAUUCCUGCUCCGAAUUCCGACUUCGAGCUUCGACUUCCGAUUGAAACUGCGAAUCCCGACUCAGAAUUUCAAUUUGGAACUUCGAAUUCCGAUUUCGAACGCGGAUUUUCGAUUUCGAACGCGGAUUUUCGAUUUCGAACUCCGACUCCGAGUUCCGAUUUCGAACUCGGAAUUCCAGCUCCGAAUUAUACAAUUUUAGUUUUCGAAUCUGAAUUCUAAUUUCGAUCUCCAAGUUCCGACUAUGAGUCCACCUCCGAACUCCAAAUGUCGGCUUCGAAUGCAGAUUUCGAACUUUAGCUCCGAACUCCAAUUUCGAACUCCGAAUGCCGACUUCAAAUUCCGAUUUCGAACUCCGACUCCGAUUUAUAAUUUCGAAUUGCAACUACGACUAUAAUACCGAAUUUCAAUUUAUGAUUUCGAUCUCCGAAUUCCGUUUUUGAAUCCCGAUUUCGAACUACAAAAUCCGACCAUGAAUUUCGAAAUUCUAGUAUUGAGGUCCGACUCUCGAACUUCAAAUUCCGAAUUACGACUCAAAACUCCGCGAUUCGAGUCCGAGUUCUAAUUUCGAACUCCAAUUCCGAAGUCUGCCUCCGAGCUCCAAUUCAAAUUUCCGAAUUUCGGCACCGAAUUCCAUUUUCAAAUUCCGAUUUCAAACUUCUAAUUCAAAUUCCAACUCAGAACAUCAAUUCCAAAGCCCAAUACCGAAUUCCAGUUCCGGAUUCCAACUCCGAAUUUCAGCUCCGAAUUCGAACUUCGUACUCUGAAUUCCAACUCCGAAUUCCAUCUACGAACUCCAACUUCGAAUUGCGACUCCGAAUUCCAACUUCGAAAUCCAACUCCGAAUUUGAACUUUGAAUUACAACUCCGAAAUCCAACUUCAAAUUUAAGUCCCGAACUAUUCCAACUCCGAAUUUCGCUUUUUGAUUUCGAACUCAGAAUUCCGAUUUGGAAUUCGAUAUCCGACUUCGAACUCUGAAUUCCGGCUUCGAAUUUCGAAUUCGAAUUCCGAAUUUCAACUCCGAUUUCCAACUCCAAAUUCCAACUCCGAAUAUCGACUCCAAAUUACAAAUCCGAGUUCCAACUUUGACUUCCAAUUCAGAAUUCCAACUUCAAAUUCCAACUCCGAGCUCCAACUCCGUAUUCGAACUCGGUAUUCCAAUUCCGAAAUUCAGCUCCAAAUGCCAACUCCAGUUUCCAACUUCGUAGCCCAAUUCCGAAUUCCAGCUCAUUCCAACUUUGAACUCCAACUUCGAAUUCCAACUCCGAAUUCCAACUCUGAAUUCCAACUCCGAAUUUAAACUUCGAAUUCCAGCUCCGAAUACCAUCUCCGAACUCCAAUUCCGAAUUGCGACUCCGAAUUCCAACUUCGAAUUGCAACUCUGAAUUCCAACUUCGAAAUUCGAACUCCUACUCCGAGUUUCGAUUUCGAACUCCGUCUCCGAAUUCCGAUUUCAAACCACGAAUCGGAUUACGAAUUUCGGUUUCGAGCUCCGGACUUUCGAACGCUGAACUACGAUUUAGAAUUUCCAUUUCGAAUGGCUAAUUAUAAAUGUGAGUUCCCAUUUCGAACUUCGCCUCCGAAUACCGAUUUCGAACUACGACCCUGAACUCGAACUCGAAUUCCGGUUUCGAACUCCAAUUUCGAAUCCGAAUUCUAAAUUACGACGCCGAAUUCCAAUUUCAAGCUCUAGCUCCGAAUUCUGACUUCGAAAGCCGACUCCGAGUUUCGAUUUCGAACCUCAACUCCGAAGUCCUAUUUUAAAUCCCGAAUCGGAUUACGAAUUUCGAUUUCGUGCACCGAAUUUUCGAACUAUGAAUUCAGAUUUCGAUUUCAAACGGCGAAUUCAAAAUCCAAAUUCCCAUUUCGAACUCUUAAUUUUGAUAUCAAACUUCGAAUUCCGAAUUUAAACCCCGAAUUUCGAUUCUCAUUUCGAGCUCAGAAUUUUGACGUCGAAUUUCGAUUUCGAACUCCGACUCCAAAUUCGAAUUCCGAUUCCGAGCUUUGAUUCAAAACUCUGAAUUUCAACUUUUAAUUCCGACUCCGAAUGCCAACCAUCGAAUUACAAUUUCGAACUCCUUCGAAUUCCGAUUUUGAACAUCGAAUGUCUCCGCUUUCCGAAUUUCGAACUUCGACUCCGAAUGCGAACUUCGGUUACGUACUCGGAAUUCCGAUUUCGAACUCGAAUUGAAAACUCCGAAUUUCGACUUCGUAUUCCGAACGCCAACUCCGAAUUCUAAUUUGGAACUAAGUUUUCGAAUUCCAAAAAAACUUCGACAGCGAACUCGGAAUUCCGAUUUCUAACUCUGAUUGCAAACUCCGAAUUUCGACUUCCAAUUCCUACCUUCGAACUCCGAACUCCGAAUUCCAAUUUGGAACUACGAUGAGGUUAGGUAUUUCGUGAUGAAAACAAACCAAUUUCCUUUGACUUAAGUUUGCUUCUAUGGUUGUAGAUGAGCUGUCAGAAAUCUUAAUACUGUUUCAAAGCAACCACAGCUUUUCAGGCAGCCUACUAGGACCUGUUAGUUGGUCUGCUACAGAGUUGACCACUUGUGCUGAUUUCGUUUUUGAAUCAGAAUCGCUCUAGGUUCGAUCGUAACUGUCAUAUGAAUUUUGGUAACAUUAGAACGAACCAUCAAGAGCACCUCGAAUCCAAAACCGAAAUCAGCAUUAAACAAGUGUUUUCUUUUCGUGAGAAAAUCGAGUUUAAAAAGAAAGCUCUUAUUCACUUCCAUCGCCAGCAAUUUUCCUUUUACCAUCAAUUACCGCGUUCUCCAUUUGUGUUGACAGAGCAGUGUCAAAACACUUGUUGAAUCAAGUUCACUGGCAGCUACCGGAUUUCCCCCCUCCCAUUGAACAAUGUGUCCUUGUCAGUUCUUCCAAUAUUAAGCACGGCAUUGGAAUCGACGGAGCUGGCUAUAAAAGCCAGGAAAGAACGGGCAUAUCUCAUUUAUUGUUUCCUUCCGCGCCUUGACUUCAUCAGCUGUUUCUAACCAGCGCAAGCGAGCGAACGAGGGGAAACUGAGACAGACAAUAAAAAAAACUAACGACACCCAUUUAUUUAUCCGUCCAUCAUUUCAAACAUUUCAUUUUCCCUCUUUCAUAGAUAUACACAGCUCUGCAUGGCUUUGCUGCGUGCUUGCACUGGCUUUAUAUAGAUGGCUGCCGGAAGUAGCUUUGAGUGUACUUUACCAGCUGUGUCAGUGUGCUUUUCCGUUCGUUUUAUGCUUGACGUUAUUUUUCUCUCAAAAACUAACUAAAUUUUCCCUAAAAAAAAGACCAUCAGUUCUACCACAAAUGGGCACUGUUGACCGAUCCGGAGGAUUUAGUUUCCGGUCCGAAGGGUUACCUGAAAUGUGACGUCGGCAUCAUUGGCAAAGGUGACACGGUGAAAGUUCCUCCCAAAUCCGAAAAGGAUCCCGAUGAUAUUGAGGCCAACCUUCUACUUCCGGAUGGAGUUCCCAUCGAGCGGCAGCGAGCCAAGUUCAUCGUCAAAAUCUACCGAGCCGAUGGUCUUCCGCGGAUGAACUCGUCCAUCAUGGCGAACGUUAAGCGGGCUUUCACUGGUGAGACCAAGGAUCUUGUUGACCCUUACGUGCAAAUUUCCUUCGCCGGACUAUCCGGCAAAUCCAGCGUCAAGAAAGCCUCCUACAAUCCAGUUUGGAACGAGCAGCUAGUGUUCACGGAGAUGUUUCCACCCCUCUGCCAACGGAUCAAAAUUCAACUGCGGGACGCAGAUCCUAUGAAGCCUUCCAUCAUCGGAACGCAUUACAUCGACCUAAAGCAGAUCUCCAACGAUGGCGAGAAAGGAUUCCUUCCCACGUACGGUCCUUCGUUUGUGCACCUGUACGGAUCGACCAGGGAUUACAACCUGCUGGACGCGAACACCAAUCUCAACACUGGUCUCGGGGAAGGGGUCAGCUACCGUGCACGUCUUCUAAUAGCCAUUCGAACCGAGAUCACCGAUAAUAUCGAGCUGCUUACGGAUAAAAAUGUGGAGCUCGAAACAACGCUACCCAUCUCCGAGUCAUCGUACUGCAAAAACGAUGACUUCUUCCUGUUCGGCAGCGUCCUGGAAGCGUCGAUGAUCGACAAAAAGGUUUGCGACCGGCCGGUUUACUUCGAGCUGAGCAUCGGCAAUGCCGGCAAUUCGCUGGACGGACACAACGAAAGUGCGGCCAACCUGAGCGAUGAAGAUGAGCUGGAAGCCGUGGAUACGACCUCGUUCAGUAGUACUACAAGUGCCUCGAAGCCGAUCUCGCACGAUAAGAACCACUUCUUCCUGCCGUACUGGGACAACAAGCCGUGUAUGGAUGUGCGGUGUUCGUUUCCGGAUCUACGGCGGCGGAUGUACAACAGUAACAUGAUCGCGAAAAUUACCGAUCGCAUGGAGAUUGGGUUGGCGGAGACUAAUUUGCUGAUUGAAGACGAGGACCCUACGGCGGAAGUGAAGUUGCGGGCGGUGCUGGAGGAGGUAGCCACCAGUUGUAAUCGGUACGUGACGAUAACGAAGGGAGCGCUGGUUGGUCCCGGUACGGGAAAGACAAAGCUGGACAAGGAACGGAUGAAGCUUUGUCUGCGGGAGGUGGAAUCGAUUGGGAACAUGUCGCGGAACUUGCGAGCUUUGGUUACGAAGAGUUCGAUGAAGGAACGGUACAAAACGGCACAGACCUAUUUCAGUAAGCUGCGGUUUUUGGUGGAUGAUCCGCAGCAUGCGUUACCGGAUGUGUUCAUCUGGAUGAUUGCGAAUGGGAAAAGGGUCGCAUAUCAUCGGAUACGGGCAAGGGAUCUGAUCUAUUCGACGACGGAGGAAGAAAAUGGGAUAUACUGCGCGAAAGUACAGACGAUUUUUCUGAAGUUACCGGGGAAGCUGUCGGAAGGCCCAGCUGGCUGGCAGGUUCGGGCGAAGUUACACAUCUACCUCUGGUUGGGAGUGUUGAAGCACAAGAAAUCAUUUUUCUCCGGGCUUCCUCGUGGCUUUGAACUUUCGUACGAACUGAAAAAUUCCGAUAAACCGAACGUCCCCGCACCGUCGGAUAUUCGGUAUGUGGAGAAACACGUAUUCCAGAUGCGAUCGCACGUCUACCAGGCUCGAUCGUUGAUUGGCUCGGAUGCGUCCGGGUUGAGCGAUCCGUACGCUAUCGUCUACGUGACGGAAUUUUCGAGAACGACACAGGUGAUCGAGGAGACACUGAGUCCGACUUGGGACGAAUUGCUGCUGUUCGAUGAGAUUGUGAUAUACGGAGCGAAGGACGAAAUCAAGAAAGACCCACCGACGAUUGUGAUAGAUAUCUACGAUCAGGACAAGGUCGGCAAGUCCGAGUUCAUCGGUAGGGCCGUGGCCAAGCCCAGAAUUAAGCUGAAAGACAAUCACUAUUCGAAUCCGGUUCUGGAGUGGUUCGAAGUCGUCCGGGGACUGGACAAUGCGGGGGAGCUGUUGGCUGCCUUCGAAAUGCUGGAGCUAGGUUCGGAUGAUAUUCCACGGCUAACGGAUCCGAAGUAUAUUGCAACCGAGUUUCGAGGAGAUAAAAUGGGACCUUCAACGAUGACGAUUCUUCCGGUGCCGCGGGAGGUACGACCGAAUCUCGCACGCUUCCGAAUCGAGGUUCUGUUUUGGGGGUUGCGCGAUGUGAAGCGGGUUCAUUUUAUGACCGUGGAUAAGCCUAGAAUCGAUAUCGAGUGUUCCGGGAAGAUCCUGAACUCCAGCAUAAUUCAGAAUGCGAAAAAGAAUCCUAACUUUUCCAACAUGCUCAAGUUUUUGGAUCUGGAACUCCCACUGGAGGAGCGAUACGCUCCACCUAUCACGAUUCGAGCCGUUGAUUGUAGGUCCUUUGGGCGGUACACUUUGGUUGGUACCCAUCAAAUAACCUCGAUCCACAAGUAUAUGCACCGAGCUCCACCGAAGGAUGAAACUAGACGCAUGAACCAGUGUGGCCAGAUAGUGCUAUCGAAUAAGCAGAACGACUUGAUGACGAUGAACACCAACUUGCCCAAUGAGAGUUCCAUGAUGAAGUCCAUAUCCGGGGACAGUCUCACCUUGUACGGAGCAGCCUGCGUUAGUAAGAUUGCCAAAGGCAAAAAGACCAAGAAAAAGCUAGAACACGAGGACACCUUCGACACGGAUGACGAUGACGAAUCGAGCAAAGAUUGGUGGACUAAAUAUUUCCUCUCGUACGAGAAGCUAAUAGAAUCAUCCAAACCAUCAGCAAGUUUUCGAGGCUUGGAAAACCACGUGGCAGUAGCCACCGAAGGUGGUAAAAAACUUGGCGUUAAAACCUCGAAGCUCGUGUCAAAAUUAAGUCCAAAAUCGACUCCGAAAAAGAUAGUCAACCCGAACACCGCUACCUGCCAAAUCUACCCCGGUGAGUUGGAGUCCCUCCCGGAGUACAAUAACUUCAAAGAGUGGCUACUAUCGUUCCCGCUGUACCGCGGUAAGAAAACCGGCGACAGUACCGAAGACGAGAACCGAAUCGUAGGGUUCUUCAAGGGAGCGAUCAAGGUGUACAAACUGCCGAUCGAGAAGGGUAUGGAACCGGCAUUCGCGCCAACCCUUCCCCUGAACGACCCCAUCCACGUGCUGGUUCGGGUGUACGUUGUGAAAGCGACCGAUCUGCAUCCGAUGGAUCUGAAUGGAAAGGCAGAUCCGUACGUGGUGCUACAGCUGGGCAGUAAGCGAGUCUCGGACAAGGAGAACUACGUUAGCAAACAGCUGAAUCCGGUUUUUGGCAAGUGUUUUGAAAUCGAAGCAACGUUCCCGCAGGAUUCGAUGCUUACGGUGCAGAUAUACGACUGGGAUCUGGUGGGAUCGGAUGAUUUGAUUGGUGAGACUAGGAUCGAUCUGGAGAAUCGGUUCUACAGCAAGCAUCGGGCGUUGUGCGGUAUUGCCGCACGCUACGAAGACACGGGUUACAACCAGUGGCGCGAUCCGAUGAAACCAACGCAAAUAUUGACGAAGUUAUGCAAGGAAAAUAAACUGGAACCACCGCAGUACCUGCAGGAUCGGGUCACAAUUGGAAGGUACUGUUUUACUUUUACCAAUGAAGAAAUUCAAGCGUGGAACAGUCCAACGACUUGCAAGUUUCGGGAUGAACACCUAGCACUGGCCGUUCUGCAUCGAUGGGAAGAGGUUCCUCGAGUUGGUUGUAAGAUCGUCCCUGAACACAUCGAGUCUCGAUCGCUGUAUAGCAACGACAAGCCCGGAAUUGAACAGGGUAAGCUGGAGAUGUGGGUCGACAUGUUUCCAAUGGAUAUGCCUCUACCGGGACCUCCCGUCGACAUUUCUCCUCGAAAGCCGAAAUCGUACGAGCUGCGGAUCGUUAUCUGGAAUACGGACGACGUUGUACUGGAAGAUGAUGCCUUCUUUACCGGCGAGAAAAUGUCCGAUAUCUACGUGAAAGGCUGGCUAACCGGUCCCCAGGACAUCCAAGCUACGGACAUUCACUACCGCUCGCUAACCGGCGAAGGCAACUUCAACUGGCGGUUUAUCUAUCCUUUCGAUUACCUAGCGGCGGAAGAGCGGAUAGUACUGUCUCGUAAAGAGUCACUGUUUAGUUGGGAUGAAACCGAGGUUAAGAUCCCCGCUCGCCUAGAACUACAGGUCUGGGACGCAGACCACUUCUCCGCAGACGACUUUCUGGGGGCGAUCUCGCUGAAUCUGAAUCGUUUCCCGCGGGGGGCGAAGUCUUCCAAACUGUGCACCCUGGAGAUGCUUAAGACCGAUAACGUCCCGAUGGUGAACAUCUUCAAGCAGAAACGGGUUCGCGGCUGGUGGCCGUUUUUUAUUAAGAAGGAAAAUGACGAGAUGGAACUGACCGGGAAGGUGGAAGCGGAGAUUCAUCUGCUGACGAAGGAAGAGGCGGAGAAGAAUCCGGCCGGGUAUGGCCGAAACGAACCGGAUCCGCUGGAGAAGCCCAACCGACCGGAUGCAUCGUUCAUGUGGUUCCUAAAUCCGCUCAAAUCGAUCCGGUACAUCGUCUGGCACAACUACAAGUGGCGUAUCAUCAAGGGUCUCAUCAUCAUCGGGCUGGCCAUCCUGCUGCUGCUGUUCUUCUACGCCAUUCCGGGCUACUCGGUGAAGAAAAUGCUUGGAGCGUAAGCGUAAGCGCUUCGAUUAUAUUAUUCAUCUCCAUCAGCUGUACACAAACAAGACUGUUGCUUUUUCCCGGAAUUCGAGCGGAAUUUACCCAACCUAGGCGCGGGAGCUCGACAUAGAUUUUUAUUUUGAUUUUGCUAAGAAAAAGUAGAAGUGAUUGACAUCGAAUCGUUUUGCAUAUCAGUAUUAGACCACCAAGAAAAACAAGAUUUUAACAUUGUAGUUUGGAAUUUUCGAUCUAAUCGCUCUGGAAAACAAAUCUCGACAAACAUAUGAUUACGGCCUAAAAGCCAACUGUCAAAAUCCACUUUGAAUGGAAAUUCCAGAAAAACCGUUACUAGUCGAACACAGUUCACAACAGUUUAUGAAAGAAUAAACUUUUUUCUUUCGUUUACUUCCAACAUCUGUGAUUGGCGUGUAACGGUUUGUCCGGAAUUUCCAUUCAAAGUGGAUUUUGACAGUUGGCUUUUAGGCCCUAAUCAUAUGUUUGUCGAGAAAUAGUUGAAUGUAGCCCAAUUUAUCGUGUAAAUAGAAAAAAUCUCUUUUCCAAGUAUUUAUUAGAACAUUCUUUUAAGCUAAACACAAAAUAAGAUUUCCAUAUUGUUACAAUCAAAUGUAUUUAUUCUAAAACUCAAGUUGGUGAAAAUCAUCAAAGAAACAAAUAUUUUCCUCGACCUUUUCCAAACUGUGAGCGGGCUCUUUACUAGCGAUUGUAGUUAGAAAAAGUGUAUAAAACUCACACAUACACGCGCACACAAACAGACAAGUACAGAGACCCUGUCACACAAACACACCAUUGUGAAGUAUCCCUCAUAUCAGCUCAAAUCACGAGCUUCGAUUCAGACCAAUCAAAAUAGCAGCUAUUUAUUUAUAUACAAUUAUUGUAAAACACAACAUACCCACAGAUACUAUUAUGGUAAACAAAUGAGAAAAGACACCCACCCGGAACAUUGGAAUGUAAAUGGAAUUUCCAGUCGUAUAUAGGCGUGAUAGUCAUAAGCUGAUUGUUAUUGUUAGAAUACUUUUCUGUUGGUUAAAUUAUUUGCUGCAAAGACAGAUCUUUUAAAUAAAUUUUAUCUCUAGUUAAUGGGAAUAUGUCAAAAAAUAAUCACAACUCGAAUACUUUCUAUAACAACAAACAAAACAAUUAAGCCUUGAAGAAUUGAAAGAUUGCUCUAUUCUUGUUAUGAACUGAAACGUUUAAAGUUGUGUUCUGUUUUAGGUUAGCAUCUCUCCGAUCUUUUUGACGCUAAGGGUUUCUUUUGCCUACGACAUUCUGUAUUUUUUGAUAGACAUGUACAUUUCUCCAAGUUUGAUCAAAUUUUUUGUACUAGUUCAAUACGAAUCAAUCAUUUUUUCGACAUAGGCAAGUCAAGGAUGAGCAAAGAUAACUAUACUGAACUGUCAAAAUCGGAUCAAUCCAAGCAGGCACUGGCGAUGGCGAUCGCUACCUAAAAAAUACGGAAAAUCUGCCAGCAUGUUGUUAACUUAUUUGAUUUGAUUCUUUGCUCAUCUGUGAACUAAAAUAAUUCUUUAAAAAACAGUAGCUACGCUCAUAUAUAUUCUUAAGCAUUCCACAAACGACUAAAGAUUCUAAUAUUCAACGGUCUCUCUUCAAUUUACAACCUAACGCAUGAAUGUCAACACCAAACACGGAAAGCAUUCCUCGAAGAAAAAAGAUUUAGCCACCUUGUUGAAAUUUUAAAGUAUAAAGAAGGAUUUUUCUCUAUAAAUCAAAUAGCGAAACAUAAUUUGUUACCUAAACUAAGAUAUUCAACAUUUUAACAUACACGAACACAUCUACACAGACAAGAAAAACACAUUGAAAAAAAUAAAUUGAACUAUGAAACGCAACCCA